CCUUUCCCACCCAUCUUUCCUUCCACCAACACCUCCACCCAUCUCCGUGUCUUCUUUACUCCCUCUUGCCCCUCUUCAACCCUCUGCCUCCUAGUUCCCUCCCACCUCCUUUCUUCUAGUCCCCUGAGAUUUGCUGCAAGAGGGGGAGAGAGAGCCCCUGACAGGAUUGACAGUCAUUCCCCACCCUUCCUCCUCCACCCCACCCUCCCCCCAGCAGGCACAGAUCCCCCUACAAAAGGCCAGGAGACAGAGGCUGUGCGAGACCAGCUGCUCUCAGACUCCCCUUCCUUUGCCCUCUGCUGGCUUGGCUGGAGUGUGUCUCUACAAGCCUCCUCUUCUCUAGAUGAGAGUGGGCACCUGGUGCCAGGUCCUCCACUUCAUUCCUCAUGAAAGCUAUGGAAAAUCCUGAGGGGCAGGAGCUUCAAAAACUGGGGAGCGGAGCCUGGGAUAACCCUGCCUACAGCAGUCCCCCUUCCCCACAUGAGACACGGAGGAUCUGCACCACCUCCAGCUCAGUGUUCCCCAAGUCCCAAACCAAGAAGCCUGAAGAUGGACCCCAGGAGAAACCACGCACAACACUGGUGUCCAGCUGUUGCCUCCAUAUCCAUCGAGGCAUCAGAGGACUUUGGGGAACAACCCUGACUGAGAAUACAGCUGAGAACCAGGAACUUUAUGUUAAGACCACUCUGCAGGAGCUUUUGGUGUAUAUUGCGUUCCUGGUGGACAUCUGUCUAUUGACUUAUGGAAUGACAAGCCCCAGUGCUUAUUACUACACCAAAGUGAUGUCUGAGCUCUUUUUACACACUCCAUCAGACACCGGUGUCUCCUUCCAGACCAUCAGCAGCAUGGCAGACUUCUGGGAUUUUGCCCAGGGCCCACUCCUGGACAGUUUAUAUUGGACCAAAUGGUACAACAACCAGAGCUUGGGCCAUGGCUCCCAAUCUUUCAUCUACUACGAGAACCUACUGCUGGGGGUUCCAAGGCUGCGGCAACUGAGGGUCCGCAAUAACUCCUGUGUGGUGCAUGAAGACUUCCGUGAGGAUAUUUUGAGCUGCUAUGAUGUCUACUCUCCAGAUAAGGAAGAACAGCUCCCCUUUGGAUCCCUCAAUGGCACAGCGUGGACAUACCACUCUCAGGAUGAGCUGGGGGGCUCCUCCCACUGGGGCCGGCUCACAAGCUACAGUGGAGGUGGCUACUACCUGGACUUCCUGGGAUCUCGGCAGGCCAGUGCAGAGGCACUCCGGGACCUAGAGGAGGGGCUUUGGCUGGACCGGGGCACUUGGGUGGUCUUCAUUGACUUCUCAGUCUACAAUGCCAACAUCAAUCUUUUCUGCGUUCUGAGGCUGGUGGUGGAGUUUCUGGCUACAGAAGGUGCCAUUCCAUCCUGGCAGAUCUGCACAGUGAAGGUGAUCUCCUAUGUCAGCAACUGGGACUUCUUUAUCAUUGGCUGUGAGAUAAUCUUCUGUGUCUUCAUCUUCUACUAUGUGGUAGAGGAGAUACUGGAGCUCCACAUCCACAGGCUUCGCUAUCUCAGCAGCAUCUGGAACAUUCUGGACCUGGUGGUCAUCUUGCUCUCCAUUGUGGCUGUGGGUUUCCACGUAUUCCGAACUCUUGAAGUGAAUCGACUGAUGGGGAAGCUCCUGCAGCAGCCAAACACUUACGCCGACUUUGAGUUCCUCGCCUUCUGGCAGACACAGUACAACAACAUGAAUGCUGUCAACCUCUUCUUUGCCUGGAUCAAGAUAUUCAAGUACAUCACCUUCAACAAAACCAUGGCGCAGCUCUCCUCCACAGUGGCCCGCUGUGCCAAGGACAUCCUGGGCUUUGCCGUCAUGUUCUUCAUCGUUUUUUUCACCUAUGCCCAACUCGGCUAUCUGCUUUUUGGGACCCAAGUGGAAAAUUUUAGCACUUUCAUCAAGUGCAUUUUCACUCAGUUCCGGAUCAUCCUUGGGGACUUUGACUACAAUGCUAUUGACAAUGCCAACUGCAUCCUGGGUCCUGCCUACUUUGUUACCUACGUGUUCUUUGUCUUCUUUGUGCUCCUGAACAUGUUCCUGGCCAUCAUCAAUGAUACCUAUUCAGAGGUCAAGGAGGAGUUGGCUGGACAGAAGGAUGAGCUGCAGCUUUCUGACCUUCUGAAACAGGGCUACAAUAAGACCCUACUGAGGUUGCGCCUGAGGAAGGAGUGUGUUUCAGAUAUGCAGAAGGUCCUGAAGGGUGGGGAGCAGGAGAUCCAGUUGGAGGAUUUUACCAACACCUUGCGGGAGCUAGGGCACACAGAGCAUGAAAUCACAGAUCUCACAGCUGCCUUUACUAGGUUUGACCAAGACAGGAAUUGCAUCCUGGAUAAGAAGGAACAGGAACAAAUGCAACAGGAUCUGGAGGAUGGGAAGGUGACCCUGAGCACCGAGAUUGAGAACUUGGGCCAGUCCAUUGUGAGAAACCCACCAGAAGAGUUGGGCUCAGAGGCUGCCAGAGCAGGUGGCUGGGUUUCAGGACAAGAAUUUCACAUGCUGACAAGGAAGGUUCUGCAACUGGAGACUGUCCUGGAAGGAGUCGUGUCCCAGGUUGAUGCUGUGGGAUCAAAGCUGAAGAUGCUGGAGAAGAAGGGGCAGCUGGCUCUCUCCCCUGGCUUGGAGGAACAAGCUAUCUGGGAGCACCUGCAGCCAGACCCAGCUGUGACCCCUGCUCCCUGGGGAAUCCAGCGUGGACAGGACAGGGAGGUGCUGCGAAGCAUCAGUCAUCAGGCUUCUCUCUCACCACCUCCCCAGAAGACCCCUCUCCACACACCCUCCACUUCUAGGGCAGCAGGUCCCAAUACUGCUGCUGCUGGGACCAGACCUGUGUCUUUCCUUUGA